CCGCUCAAACCAACCGGUUCCUCGUUUGCCAUCGUCUUUUAUCUUUAAUCUAUACUCGCCCAUGGUCACUCUUUCGACCUCAUGACACGGAUCCUGGAUCCUCCCACCUUCUCUGAUAGUCCGUUCUUCUUCGACCGGAGGCAGCUGGCACAGCCCCAGAGAGAAGUACACCAUGUUCAGCCUCACUCGAAUCCUGUAGUAGCAUAUUACCACCCGAAAGGUGUGGGAAACUAUCACUAUGGAGAACGGCAUCCAAUGCGGCCCCAACGGCUAGAACUCACGAACCAGCUAGUCCUGGGUUAUGGCCUCGACAAGGCAAUGACAAUGCACAACCCGAGGCGAGCGACGGAUGAGGAGCUCGCCAACUUUCACGACUCUGAUUACAUUGCAUUCUUGAAGAGGGUCACGCCAAAAUCAGCUCAAUCAUUGACAGAGGAAGAGCAGAAAUAUAACGUUGGGGAUGACUGUCCCGUCUUUUUCGACGUCUUUGCAUUUUGCCAACAAUACACUGGAGCGUCUCUAGCGGCCGCUCGUAAGCUUACGAGUGGAUCUGCCGACAUUGCCAUCAAUUGGAGUGGAGGUCUCCAUCACGCCAAGAAGGGCGAGGCAAGUGGAUUUUGCUAUGUGAACGAUAUCGUCCUUGCGAUCUUGGAGCUACUGAGAUACCACGCACGCAUCCUAUACAUCGACAUUGAUAUACAUCACGGAGAUGGGGUUCAGGAGGCAUUUUACUCCUCAAAUCGUGUUCUCACAGUCUCGUUCCACAAAUACUCUGCCGACUUCUUCCCCGGGACAGGCAAUUUAUCAGAGAUCGGUUCUGACCUUGGCAAGUACUUUUCGCUCAACGUGCCUUUACAGGACGGCAUCGACGAUGAGUCCUACAUAUCGCUCUUCAAAGCUGUGAUGGAGCCAACAAUCAACACCUUUCGACCGUCUUCGAUAGUUCUUCAGUGCGGCGCUGAUUCCCUUGGAUGCGAUAGGAUAGGAUCCUUCAACCUCUCCAUUGCGGCUCAUGGCGAAUGUGUUCGAUUCAUCAAGUCAUUCAAUUUGCCCCUUUUGGUCUUGGGAGGAGGAGGCUAUCGCCAAUCCUCCGUCGCCAGAUGUUGGGCAUACGAGACUGGGGUGCUCGCCGGUGUAACUUUGCCCGACGAUGUGCCUGACAACCAAUAUUACGAAUUCUAUGGACCUGACUACAAACUCCAUCCGCCACUCACUGGACAAAUACAAAAUCUCAAUUCAAAACAGUCGUUGGAGAACAUCCGAGUGGUCAUACGCGAGAAGCUGAGAUAUCUAAACGGGGCACCUUCUGUGCAGAUGCAGGAAAUUCCGCCAGAUCUGUACGGCUUCCUGCAGUCCGAGGAUAGAUCUACAGAGGAGACGAAAGAGGAAAUGGGUGCUCAGGGCCUGGAGAUAAGAGACUAG